AUCUAAGAAUUUUUAGCGUGUGCUUUCUCGCCUCUGACGUCACAAUUCCACCUGAUCGGCGAGGAGCCUUAAUUUCGAUAAAAUUCCGAGAAAAUUAUUUUCUCAUAUUUAUUUUUUUUCUCUUUCAAGAGAGAGAUGGGAAAUUUUUAUCGCGACCGGAAGGUCUACGAGGAAAUAUUGUAUUACAUUUUUUUUCCUUUCUACGCAGUAACAUUUCCCUAAAUUUUGUUGCGUUCCGACGUGUUCAUAAGUCAAGUCACUGGUAGAAUAAAAAAAGGAAAAAAAAACGAAAUCGACGUCGUCGUUUGGUACCGUUUCCCCGUAUAUCUCGUCCCGUAUAAUGCCAUGUGUGACUGUCAGUGCUUGAUCUAAGUAAUAUCUAUAUAAGGACACAGUCGCCAAUUAUAUAUAUAUAUAUAUAUAUAUAUAUAUAUAUAUAUAUAUAUAUAUUGCGAGGUGAAAAGACAUUUCGCGAAUCUAUGCGGCAAUGCAAUAAAUUGCAUGUGAAGUGUCGAAGCGAAUUAACACGCACCCCGCAUUUUAGCUUUAAGAGCAUUUUGCGACUCCGGUUUGUGCGAUGUGGAAAGUAAUUUAAAAAAAAGUAAUAAAUUGAUAUAUACAUUUUUUCCUAUGUGUUGAAGAUUCGAAAGAGGGGAAAAAAGAGGAAGAAUUAUACUGUAACUGUAUAUUACAUUAUUUAAUCUUGCGCAUUUAUAUACAUCUUUAUUAACUGAUUACGAAUAAACGAGAAGAGAGAAAAAGAUAGUCGGAACCUACGUGCGAUUUUUUCAUUAUUAUACUCUACGAAGGAGUUCCCUUACGUUUUUUGCUUCUCUCUCGGAAUUAAACGUUACGUUAUGGAUAAGUGACUAAUGCGAAAUGAUGUCAUAUAUCAUAAUUGCGGUAUUCGAGGAAACCACAUCCGGCGGCAGGAAACAAGUCAGUCGAUUAAUCAGUCAGUCAGUUUUCUUACGGAUCACGCGAAGGAUAUCCUUCCUCAAUAAUAUGUUACGAUUUUUGAGCCUCAUCAUCGUCAUGAUGAUGACCGCGCGACACAAUCUGUCAGCAUAUAAUAUUAAUACGCUCGAUGUGAAGGUGUACAAUGAUCCUGCGCGUGCAUCCUCGGAAUUAUUCGCUCGUCGAAGUUACUUCGGCUACUCGGUGGCUCUUUAUACAAGCGCCGAGGAAGCUUUUUUGCUCGUCGGAGCCCCGCGAGCGAACUCCAGCGUGUUGCUGUUCGUGACCGAGCCGGGUGCGGUCUUCAGGUGCGGAAUGAACGGCGUCUGCAAGGAAUGGGCGCUCGACAGGACCGGAAACGGUCCGCGUCCUCGUGAGAGACUGAUCAAUCAGAUAAAAAAUAACGCUUGGAUCGGCGCGACUAUCGCCGUAGAGAAUAAGACCGAGCCUAGAGUUGUGGUUUGCGGACCGCGAUGGAUAAACAAUAUCGUGAACGCUAACAGGCCCAAUUGGUUCAUGAAUGGUAUUUGCUAUGCGACACGUGCCAUCAACGCUGAUGCAUUCGAGCGAGAAGCUGAAGAGCGAAUAUUACCGCUUUCGAACUCCGAAAGUCAGAUUACAUCCAAAAACGACAUAGGCAUUUAUAACUACGGGAUGAGCCAAAUUGGCUUCUCCUUGCACAUGAACACUCUGAGAUAUGAUGUGAAUGUCGUGUUGGGUGCUCCAGGUAUAUAUAACUGGAAAGGCGAUGCGGUAUUAACUACCGCCUCGAUAAACGACGAGACAUUUUCGCGGACAAUAAUUCCUUCACCAGCUAAAGAACAACAGGUUCACAGUUAUAAUUAUCUAGGAUACGCUGUAACAGCUGGUAACUACUUCAACGAACGAGACAUCUGGUACGCCAGCAGCGCGCCGAGAAGCGCUGAUAUAUACGGGAAGAUUCUCGUGUUCGCCUUUCCUCCUAAAACUAAUCAACGUAUGUUCAUUAAGACGGUACUGCAUGGUCAGCGAUACGGCGAAUAUUUCGGCGCCUCGUUAGCGUCGUGCGACGUCAACAAUGAUCGCAGACACGAGUUGAUCGUCGGCGCACCGCAGUGGUCCAGGGACAUAGACGAGGGCCUCGUCUACAUCUUUACAGGACGACGCAAUGACAAUCUCGAAGAAUUGCAGACACUCGAGGGAGAGAUCAUCGGCGGCAGAUUCGGCUCCACCCUGGCGUGUCUAGGUGACAUCGACCACGACGGCUAUGGCGACCUCGCCGUGGGUGCACCCUACGAGGACGAGAGCGGAGGCGCGGUUUACAUAUUCAACGGGAACAGAGACGGCGUCUCCCGCAAGCCUAGCCAGAGACUGAUCGGCAGGAGAUUCUCGCCGACGAUGCGCGGAUUCGGUAUCUCCAUCUCGGAACCUCGAGACAUCGACCGGAACAACUAUCCCGACAUCGCCGUGGGUGCUUAUCUGUCCGGCGAAGUGGUCCUGCUGAGAUCCGCGCCGGUUGUCACGAUCAACGUGACGUUGACGUAUCCGCAGAUCAGGUUGCUGCAAAACGCAACGUCCUUCGUCAUCAGCCUCUGGAUGUCCUACGAGGGCACAUACGUACCUGAGUAUCUGCGAGCCAUCGCAAUCCUGAAGGUCGAUGAAUUACAUGGCAGAGCCAGGUAUCGCGCGCAAAAAAGCAGCACAGAUGAACCACAGACUUACAAGCUGCAUUACACGCUGCUUAAAGCUACGGUCGCGCGUAUUUCACUUGAGAUACAUCUCACGGAGAACAUUCGAAACGUCAUAGACCCGCUGGAAGUAUCGGUGUCCCUGCAACUGGAGGACGAUCUCGACGCGAAGAGAAACGAAAGCUCAUCAUCAUCAUCUAGCGUGGUGAUAAACCGGCCUCGCUCGAAGCUCGACGAUCUCGUGAAGCUCCCGUUCGCCAUGGACUGCGGCGAGGAUAACGUGUGCGUGUCCGAUCUUCGGGUUGUGUUGUCGACCGACUCGAUUCGGGGGGAUAACAGGUACAUCAUCGGCUCCACGUCGACCAUCACGUUGCGCGUCGACGCUUACAAUCGCGGCGAACUGGCGUAUCAGACCAAGGUGCACAUCUUCGCCGAGGUCCUGCCGUUAGCCAGCAUCCCGCCCGAGUGUAUCGAGAACCCCCGCGAUAAUGUUCUGGAAGUGAUCUGCGACAUCGGCAAUCCCCUGAAAACCAACAAAACAUUAACGCUGCAACUAGACACGAGUACGGUAAAAUAUGACGUUAGAGAAGUGAAACUAUGGGCGAAUAUCAGCACUCAGAGCGACGAGGCGAAUUGGGAUGACAAUAGUUACGCAAUCACGGUGUACUUCGACGUGGACAUUGAUAUAGCAAUCGCCGGAAAAGCACAGGAGAACUUGUACUCGUACUUACGCGAAGAAAGCAAAGGGAAGCCGCUAAACAGCGUCAUGUUCCAGCACUUUUAUGAGGUCCAAAAAUUCGGCGCCAGUCCCAUCGAGGAGGCCGUGUUGACGGUGAAAAUUCCGACGCACAUUCUACGGUCGCACGAUAGCGAAGUUAUAGCAAUCGUCAGUAUCAACGACACUAUUGGCAGAAUGGAUGCGUAUCAAUUUGAUUGCGAUUCGAACGAAACCGAUGAAGGGUCGCUCUCAGUCGCUUCUAAAGAAAUGGAUAACGUCCUGAUCAGGGCUGAAAGUAACACUCACGCAAAAUUCAGCAUCGAGGAGGAUGACACUCCAAUGAACGUACCGUCUGAGAACAGAACGCUCUUCAUCAACUGUUCCUCAUCAAAUAGCGCGAUUAAAUGCACGCAAAUUGAUUGCAGACUGGGGCCUUUCCUAAGUUCCUUGUCCGUUGCCAAGUUUUUGGUGACGCUGAAUUUACAACUGUCUAACUUUCCUGAUGACUUGAUGAAGGGCAAAGAUAUCAUAUUUUACGUGACUGAGGGUAGCGUGAUGAUAACGCAACCUUACAAUAUUGCUCAAAGAGAAGGUCACAAGCCGGAUACCGUUUCGGUUGCCACAACUUUUUUGGGCUCGCCGAUCGCCCAGCGAAUAGCCGUGUGGAUAAUAGCGCUUUCAGUAAUUCUGGGAAUUGCAUUGCUGAUACUGUUAAUUCUGGGUUUAAUCAAGAUCGGCUUCUUUAACAGAAAAAAGAAGAUGGAACUUGAAGCGCUGAAAGCCGAAACUGAUAAAAAAUAUAACGUGGUUCUGGAAACAACAUCUUCGACGGAAGUUCUUGAUCGUGAUUGAACAGACUUCUACAAUUUGAAUUAAGAUCGAUUGGUUAAGAUAAGGUUCAACCUGCUGUUGACUGAAUGUACAUGAUUAAUAUAAUUAUAAUAUAUAUACAACUUAAUAUAU